AUGCAUUUGAAAAAGUUUUUCAAUGAUGAAGGAGAAAUAGGUUUGUAAUUUACAUAAAAUUAAAAAAAAAUUCAAAAAUUCCGUUUCCAGCUCAAUCAAAAAGAAUGACCGAUUUCACAUUUGAAGAUAUAAUGAAGCUUGGAAAUUUGAUCAACAAAUCUUCAAAAAUCGAAUUGAGUUGCAUCCAAUUAUCAUUCAGACCGAGUGAUGAUGAUUUAUUUCGAUUGUCAGAUCAAAAUAUGACAAUCAGAAAUAUUCCCGGUGAAAUAUGUCCGCAACAAAAAAUAACAGAUUAUCUAUUCAUGAAUGCCACAAUAUUGAUUCUCGAAGAAAAAUUACUUGAAAAAGAUUUGGAAUGGGCUGGUCUCUAUGGAGAGAUUCCCGCCAGAAAACGUCUACUGAAUAUACAUUGUCGCAACCGACACGAUCAUCUUUUGAUCAAAAAUUUUUUAUUGAAUUUUUUUAGCGAGCACUUCGUCCCGGUGGAAUAUAGUCUUCCUCACUGCUUUUAUUAUCAUGUGUACACGGGAUUUCAGGCUAUUCCAGGCAGACGUUCAAUGUAUUCUAAGGAAAUUGAUCUUGACUUUUUUGGAGGUGCCAGUGGUUAA